AUGGCGGAUGUAGUGGAGGAAGUUCUUGAAGGCAGCUGGUAAGAUUAAAUAUAAUAAUCACUAUUGUCUGAGAUACUGACGACAUCAGUCGAGUCAGUGUUUUCAUAAUAUAAAAACUGGUUGUUAGCUACGUUACAUUUGGAAAAGUACAUUGCCGUUUUGGUGGCGAUGAUGGUUUUGGACUGUAUCGAUUAACUACUAGCCGGAGAUCGAGUGAUGUUCUUCUCUGAUAGCCCAGCUAAUGUUGGUUAGCCUAGGUAGACUUUCACAAAAAAGUAGCUAGGCUAGUCAGUUCGCUAACCAUUGUUUGCAAUGCUAGCUAGCUACAACAACAACAACUAGUGUUGUCAUUCCUGAGCGACACUGCUGGUAUUGUAUAGGAUUUUGUUGUGUAAAUAUUGCUAACGUUAGCUAGCUAGCUAGCUGCAGACUCGAGAUGUUGUGGCUUCGCUUUUUUUUCUAUUGUCAACAGUAGCCACUCAUCCCCUAUCAUCGAAGUUGUCCUGAAGAUACCUGACGGCUGUGAAGUGAGGAUCUGGCUGCCCAGUGAGGAUCUGGCUGCCCCAGCAUCUGUGCGUUAUGCCGCGUUCAAAACAACUGGGAACUCGGAAAUCUCCGACUUUAGCGCGUUUACGACAACUGGGAACUCGGGGAAAAAACGAGCUCCGACUGGGAAAAUAUGUUUUGAACGUGAAGUCGGAAACUCGGGCAUCUUUAUAUAACUAUGACUAUCCAACCUGAAGAUCACCGACGUUAUGAUUUGACCUCGGUUAUUUCCGAGGUCCUAGUUGUCUUGAAAGCACCUAGAGAUGUCGACGAUGAAUGAGUCUGUCUGGUCUCUGAACGUCCACGAAGUUCCAAUUCAAACUCCCAUUAGACAGCUCUUCAAGCGUUAUAAUGUCAAAAUACGUUUUAUACACACCAAAUAUGGAGUUUUGCCGAGCAACUAUCUUAAUUUACUCCCAUUACGGCUAUACCAGCCGUACUUCCAAAAAGGGAUAAAUAAAAAUGUACAAGCAACCGAAACAAUGCCUUUGAGGUGCCAAAUAUGAUUUUGUUUCCGGUUAUAUUAUACAUUUUUUGGGACGUACAUACCAACCGUAACGGGACUAAAUGAAGAUGGUUGCUCAGCGAAACUCCAUAUUUGGUGAGUAAUGAACGUAUUUUGACAUUAUAAUGCAUGCAGAGCUGUCUAAUUGAGUUUGAAUCGGAGCUUCUUGAGCGUUGUGCAGCGUUCAAAACAACUGGGAACUCGGAACAAAACGAGCCCGACUGGGAAAAAAUCUAUUUGAACAGUCAUCCAACUCAGAAUUCCAACUUGGGAACUCGGGCCUCUUUCUAGGACUGGGAAUUUCCCGACCUGAAUAAUCACUGAUGUCAUGAUUUGACCUCAUAUUUUUCCGAGUUCCCAAUUGUUUUGAACGCGGUAUUAUAGACCAGACACUUCAUCCUCGACAUCUCUAGCGCACAGAAACUGGAGAAGGUUCUGGCUAGCUAGUGUUUUAUGUCUGUGGAGCUGUUCCUGAUACAGCUAAACAUCACUCAAAUCACCUUUUGAUGCAUAGUGUAUCUGAACUAGGGCUGGACGAUAUGGAUAAAAUAUCAUAUCACCAUAUUUUUGACGGUGAUUUAUGUUUUUGAAUAAUGUUCUAAAUAUGCUUUCUGAGUAUUCCAUGACCCUAGGGUGGAUCACACAUAAAUUAUAGUGAUUUCAAUUAGUCUUUCUCCAUUUAUACUGUUCAAUCUAACUCAAAACCAAAAUAAUUUUAAACAUUUUCAUCAAUUUCUGCAUUUCCUGCACUUGUAUUAUCAUUUUCACACUGUGCCAUGCAGCAUGGGCAAAAAAAUCAAGGCCUAGUUAAUUGGUGAACUGUUGGAAUCAUUGAAAUAUAAUGAUUAUUCUAAUUCUAUAGUUGGAAUAUAGUGGGAAGCAGUGGCGGCUCCUGAAAAAAUUCUCAGGGGGGGCAAUUUUUCUGAUGAUUUAGGUGACCUACACACAUUUUAAAAAAGAUAUGUCCAGCAACAACAUGAAGACAGGGGCAGCAUAUAAGUCAAUACCAGAAGCAUUUAUUGACUGAUCUCAAAAGUGUUGGCUUACAAAAGCAAAAUAAGUUAUCACAGUAAAAAUAAUCAAGGGUGUUCUUUCACAUUCCUCAACACUGCAUAAACAAUAUGCAUUUCCAUAAAACACCUCAUCUAAUUGUGCCACAAAGUUGACAAGUCCAAGAAAAAUACCAGGGUUGGUGGAGCCCUCAGUUUCAUCUUUGCCUCGCAAAGCUAACUCAAACACUCCGCAAAACUUCACACACUGGAUUAGCCGGCUGAGGAUGUGGCGGUUCUUGCUAACCUCAUCGUUGUGGCGGCGGACAGCUAGCCUGUAUCCCUCAUCCAGUUGAGUGGCAAUGUUCACUCUCCCCAAAGCAGACAAUCUCAAACAGCUAUCCAUGUGGGUCUUUGACAGCUCAUGUUUCUUAAUCUUUUCUGAAAGAUGGUGCAUGUCCGUUACACCAGUCACUGUCCAAGCGGUGCUGUCUGCCGUGCCGCCUUCAGGGUGAUAGAGUAAGCAGGGGUAGCAGAAGACUGCAUUAGCUACAUCACAGCCUGCUAGCCAGGUUUUUCGUUCGUACCAAUUUUUGGAAAAUCCUCGGGUGUAGGACUUUCCCCCUUUAGUAGAAACCUGUUGAAUUAUUAAAUUUGGUCUGGGAGGUCCUAAUUGUUUCGUUGCCAAUUUAUCUUGAUUUGUUCGCCGACAAAAAGGAACUUCUUUCAAAGAGACAAUCGAGUUGCACUGAACGCUAGCCAUCUUGACAGUAGUACGUGAAUUGAUUGACGCUGCUACCCGCUAUUUUCUUAGUUACGUUCAUGGUUAUGUUACGUAUGACGAAAGCGCGUAAGUGCAAGCCCUCCCGGAACCCAUAGAGAUUGUAUUGAAAGCUCUGAUAUUUGAAAAAAAAAGAUUUUACAUGAGAGUCUAUGAGAGACUUCUGGGGCGAUUUUCAACCUGACUGAAAUCGCCCCAAAAGGGGCGGGGCCAUUUGAAGCACGACUUUAGCCUGAUUGGACAUUUAGUGGCAGAUCAGACGUCUAGAUUAGAACACUGAUAACUACUGUUGCCGUGAUAUAAUUGAUUAGAAAAAAAAUCCCUUCCUUUUCCCGUUUGGCAGUGCGUCGCCCAUAUCGCCCUAAUGAACACACCGCCCCUGGUGGGAAGCACCUUGAGUACAUUGUUGUUUGACAUGACAACGAAUGAAUAAGCCAGUGAGAAAUUCUUGAUAGGGUAGGAACCAAAGUGUUGGUCACUGUUUCCAGGUGACCCUAAUUAGAUGUUACAUUACAUGGUUUCUUACUUCAUGUAACUAGCUAGCUAACCAACAUAUUCAUGCUUACAGAUUCCUCUCUGAUAAGAUACCAUUGCACAAAAAUGCUUAUCUAGGCCUACACCAGCACUGGUACCAGGCUGUAUUAGCUAGCUAGCUACAUUUGCUCUGACUCUUAGUACAUUUAGCAAGCUAGGUUGCCAGCUAACUAGCGAUUAGCAUUAACACAAUUUUUUUUUGCAACACCUUGCUAAGAAAAGAAACUAGCAGACUGUAGUUUGGAGACCGUAAGAUACACAAACUAAGUGUAAUUAUAGAGCGCUUGUGGAAAGCAGCAGGUCACCAACAUUGUUGCAUCCAUCUGACCAUGCGGAGUGAACGGCAAGAAAGUGCUGGUGACUCCGUGGUGGAGUAACUGCUCUCUCCUUGAGUGACGGGGGGCAGGGCUUGGUGGCGUUAGCGGCAUGAAGCAGGAGAGGGAGAGAGAUGACUCAAGGAGCAAACAGAGUAAACUAUAAAAACUGACAUGAUACGCGGCGGAGUUGAACAUUACAUUUAACAAACCAAACAUUAAAAUACUGUUAUAGAAGAUAAAGUAAAAACUCAAACCAGUCCUUCAAUCAAUACCGGUGUAUAUAGUAAAAUACAGUAUACUGCUCAGCCCUAAUCUGAACAAUAGCCUUCCUCAGCUUGGUCAGGAAUCAGGAGAGUGUAAAACUGUUCAGAAGACAUUCUGCUAAAUUUGUCAUUAUAGUAAAGUGAAGGACAUUCCAACAGGCUCUGUAUACAGUACCAGUCAAAAGUUUGGACACACCUACUCAUUCAAGGGUUUAUCUUUAUUUUUACUAUUUUUUACAUUGUUGAAUAAUUGUGAAGACAUCGAAACUAUGAAAUAACACAUAUGGAAUCAUGUAGUAAACAAAAAAGUGUUAAACAAAUCAAAAUAUAUUUUAUAUUCUUCAAAUAGCCACCCUUUGCCUUGAUGACAGCUUGGCACACUCUUGGCAUUCUCUCAACCAGCUUAACCUGGAAUGCUUUUCCAACAGUCUUGAAGGAGUUCCCACAUAUGCUGAGCACUUGUUGGCUGCUUUUCCGACUCAUCCCAAACCAUCUCAGUUGGGUUGAGGUCGGGGGAUUGUGGAGGCCAGGUCAUCUGAUGCAGCACUCCAUCACUCACCUUGGUCAAAUAGCCCUUACACAGCCUGGAGGUGUGUUGGGUCAUUGUCCUGUUGAAAACAAAUUAUAGUCCCUCUAAGCCCAAACCAGAUGGGAUGGCGUAUCGCUGCAGAAUGCUGUGGUAGCCAUGCUGGUUGCCAUACCAGGCAGUGAUAGUCCGGGUAGCCACGAUGAGUUGUUCAGGAGUCUUAUGGCUUGGGGGUAGAAGCUGUUAAGAAGCCUUUUGGACCUAGACUUGGCGCUCCGGUACCGCUUGCCAUGCAGUAGCAGAGAGAACAGUCUAUUAAUAGGAUGGCUGGAGUCGUUGACAGUUUUUAGGGCCUUCCUCUGACACCGCCUGGUAUAGAGAUCCUGGAUGUGCAGUGAUGUACUGGGCUGUACGCACUACCCUCUGUAGCGCCUUGCGGGCGGAGGCCGAGCAGUUGCCAUACCAGGCGGUGAUGCACCGGUCAGGAUGCUCUCGAUGGUGCAGCUGUAGAACUUUUUGAGGAUCUGAGGACCCAUGCCAAAUCUUUUCAGUCUCCUGAGGGGGAAUAGGUUUUGUCGUGCCCUCUUCACGACUGUCUUUGUGUUUGGACCAUGAUAGUUUGUUGGUGAUGUGAACCAAAUAACUUGAAGCUCUCAACAUAUGGCAUCAUGUAGUAACCAAAAAAGUAUUAAACAAAUCAAAAUAUAUUUUAUAUUUGAGAUUCUUCAAAUAGCCACUCUUUGCCUUGAUGACAGCUUUCCACACUUUGGCAAUUCUCUCAACCAGCUUCAUGAGAUAGUCACCUGGAAUGAAUUUCAAUUAAUAGGUGUGCCUUGUUAAAAGUUAAUUUGUGGAAUUUCUUUCCUUCUUAAUGCAUUUGAGCCAAUCAGUUGUGUUGUGACAAGGUAGAGGCGGUACACAGAAGAUAGCCCUAAUUGGUAAAAUACCAAGUCCAUAUUAUGGCAAGAACAGCUCAAAUAAGCAAAGAGAAACGACAGUCCAUCAUUACUUUAAGACAUGAAGGUCAGUCAAUACGGAACAUUUCAAGAACUUUGAAAGUUUCUUCAAGUGCAGUCGCAAAAACCAUCAAGCGCUAUUAUGAAACUGGCUCUCAUGAGGACCGCCACAGGAAUGGAAAACCCAGAGUUACCUCUGCUGCAGACGUUUUACUUUUUCUAUAAUUUUUCUAUUUUGUAUCUGCAUUGUUGGGAAGGGCCCUUAAGUAAGCAUUUCACUGUUGGUCUACACCUGUUGUUUACCAUCCAAUGUUCUGUAAUAAUAUAGAUAAGGCCCAUAAAAAUAGAACUCUUCCUCCAUGAUCCUAAACGCCCCCUGACCUUCACUGGUGUACAGUCAGUGUGUAUUUAGCAUUUGUGAAAUGAUUUUGAUGAAAUUUAAAGGGCUUUAUGUUUCUUGAACCGUAUCACAAUUAAGAAUCGAUUCACGUUUAGAUAGAGUAUCUGUCUGUUUUGGCUGCCAGAGCCAGUCUACCUCUGAAUAUAACAUAUAAGGUCCUUGGACCUGAGGAAGCAACGGGAGGCUCCUUAAGAGUACAUCUUGGGCUACCUUUCACAUAGAAUGAGCACUGGUUAAUCCAUUCAUUUCAGUAUCCUUCCUUCCGGUCAUUUGUUAUGUGGUUACAAAGACACUGUUCAUGGGCAGGGAGAACAGAGACACAGUCUAACAGGCAGGGAAUCACUAGGACUGGUUAUAACAGGCAGGGAAUCACUAGGACUGGUUAUAACAGGCAGGGAAUCACUAGGACUGGUUAUAACAGGCAGGGAAUCACUAGGACUGGUUAUAACAGGCAGGGAAUCACUAGGACUGGUUAUAACAGGCAGGGAAUCACUAGGACUGGUUAUAACAGGCAGGGAAUCACUAGGACUGGUUAUAACAGACAGGGAAUCACUACGACUGGUUAUAACAGGCAGGGAAUCACUAGGACUGGUUAUAACAGGCAGGGAAUCACUAGGACUGGUUAUAACAGGCAGGGAAUCACUAGGACUGGUUAUAACAGGCAGGGAAUCACUAGGACUAGUUAUAACAGGCAGGGAAUCACUAGGACUGGUUAUAACAGGCAGGGAAUCACUAGGACUGGUUAUAACAGGCAGGGAAUCACUAGGACUGGUUAUAACAGGAGGGAAUCACUAGGACUGGUUAUAACAGGAAGGAAUCACUAGGACUGGUUAUAACAGGAGGGAAUCACUAGGACUGGUUAUAACAGGCAGGGAAUCACUAGGACUGGUUAUAACAGGCAGGGAAUCACUAGGACUGGUUAUAACAGGAGGGAAUCACUAGGACUGGUUAUAACAGGCAGGGAAUACCUAGGACUGGUUAUAACAGGCAGGGAAUCACUAGGACUGGUUAUAAGAGGAGGGAAUCACUAGGACUGGUUAUAACAGGCAGGGAAUCACUAGGACUGGUUAUAACAGGAGGGAAUCACUAGGACUGGUUAUAACAGGAGGGAAUCACUAGGACUGGUUAUAACAGGAGGGAAUCACUAGGACUGGUUAUAACAGGCAGGGAAUCACUAGGACUGGUUAUGUCUAUUCUUUAACAGGGAGUGUCUAGGGUUAGAUCUACUGUACAGUAUCUAGGGUUAGAUCUACUGUACAGUAUCUAGGGUUAGGGUUAGAUCUACUGUACAGUAUCUAGGGUUAGGGUUAGAUCUACUGUACAGUAUCUAGGGUUAGAUCUAUUGUACAGUAUCUAGGGUUAGGGUGAGAUCUACUGUACAGUAUCUAGGGUUAGGGUGAGAUCUACUGUACAUUAUCUAGGGUUAGAUCUACUGUACAGUAUCUAGGGUUAGAUCUACUGUACAGUAUCUAGGGUUAGGGUUAGAUCUACUAUACAUUAUCUAGGGUUAGGGUGAGAUCUACUGUACAGUAUCUAGGGUUAGGGUGAGAUCUACUGUAUGGUAUCUAGGGUUAGGGUUAGAUCUACUGUACGGUAUCUAGGGUUAGAUCUACUGUACAGUAUCUAGGGUUAGGGUUAGAUCUACUGUACAGUAUCUAGGGUUAGGGUGAGAUCUACUGUACAGUAUCUAGGGUUAGAUCUACUGUACAGUAUCUAGGGUUAGAUCUACUGUACAGUAUCUAGGGUUAGGGUUAGAUCUACUGUACAGUAUCUAGGGUUAGGGUGAGAUCUACUGUACAGUAUCUAGGAUUAGAUCUACUGUACAGUAUCUAGGGUUAGAUCUACUGUACAGUAUCUAGGGUUAGAUCUACUGUACAGUAUCUAGGGUUAGAUCUACUGUACAGUAUCUAGGGUUAGAUCUACUGUACAGUAUCUAGGGUUAGAUCUACUGUACAGUAUCUAGGGUUAGGGUUAGAUCUACUGUACAGUAUCUAUUGUUAGGGUUAGAUCUACUGUACGGUAUCUAGGGUUAGGGUUAGAUCUACUGUACAGUAUCUAGGGUUAGAUCUACUGUACAGUAUCUAGGGUUAGAUCUACUGUACAGUAUCUAGGGUGAGAUCUACUGGACAGUAUCUAGGGUUAGGGUUAGAUCUACUGGACAGUAUCUAGGGUUAGGGUUAGAUCUACUGGACAGUAUCUAGGGUUAGGGUUAGAUCUACUGGACAGUAUCUAGGGUUAGAUCUACUGUACAGUAUCUAGGGUUAGAUCUACUGUACAGUAUCUAGGGUUAGGGUUAGAUCUACUGUAAAGUAUCUAGGGUUAGGGUGAGAUCUACUGUACAGUAUCUAGGGUUAGGGUUAGAUCUACUGUACAGUAUCUAGGGUUAGAUCUACUGUAUGGUAUCUAGGGUUAGGGUUAGAUCUACUGUACAGUAUCUAGGGUUAGAUCUACUUUACGGUAUCUAGGGUUAGGGUUAGAUCUACUGUACAGUAUCUAGGGUUAGGGUUAGAUCUACUGUACAGUAUCUAGGGUUAGAUCUACUGUACAGUAUCUAGGGUUAGGGUUAGAUCUACUGUACAGUAUCUAGGGUUAGAUCUACUGUACGGUAUCUAGGGUUAGAUCUACUGUACGGUAUCUAGGGUUAGAUCUAUUGUACAGUAUCUAGGGUUAGAGUGAGAUCUACUGUACAGUAUCUAGGGUUAGAUCUACUGUACAGUAUCUAGGGUUAGGGUUAGAUCUACUGUACAGUAUCUAGGGUUAGAUCUACUGUACAGUAUCUAGGGUUAGGGUUAGAUCUACUGUACAGUAUCUAGGGUUAGGGUUAGAUCUACUGUACAGUAUAUAGGGUUAGGGUUAGAUCUACUGUACAGUAUCUAGGGUUAGCGUGAGAUCUACUGUACAGUAUCUAGGGUUAGGGUGAGAUCUACUGUACAGUAUCUACGGUUAGGGUGAGAUCUACUGUACAGUAUCUAGGGUUAGGGUUAGAUCUACUGUACAGUAUCUAGGGUUAGAUCUACUGUACAGUAUCUAGGGUUAGAUCUACUGUACAGUAUCUAGGGUGAGAUCUACUGUACAGUAUCUAGGGUUAGGGUUAGAUCUACUGUAUGGUAUCUAGGGUUAGGGUUAGAUCUACUGUACAGUAUCUAGGGUGAGAUCUACUGUACGGUAUCUAGGGUUAGAUCUACUGUACAGUAUCUAGGGUUAGAUCUACUGUACAGUAUCUAGGGUUAGGGUGAGAUCUACUGUACAGUAUAUAGGGUUAGGGUUAGAUCUACUGUACAGUAUCUAGGGUUAGAUCUACUGUACAGUAUCUAGGGUUAGAUCUACUGUACAGUAUCUAGGGUUAGGGUUAGAUCUACUGUACAGUAUCUAGGGUUAGAUCUACUGUACGGUAUCUAGGGUUAGAUCUACUGUACAGUAUCUUGGGUUAGAUCUACUGUACAGUAUCUAGGGUUAGGGUGAGAUCUACUGUACAGUAUCUAGGGUUAGGGUUAGAUCUACUGUAAAGUAUCUAGGGUUAGGGUGAGAUCUACUGUACAGUAUCUAGGGUUAGGGUGAGAUCUACUGUACAGUAUCUAGGGUUAGAUCUACUGUACAGUAUCUAGGGUUAGGGUUAGAUCUACUGUACAGUAUCUAGGGUUAGAUCUACUGUACAGUAUCUAGGGUUAGUGUUAGAUCUACUGUACAGUAUCUAGGGUUAGAUCUACUGUACAGUAUCUAGGGUUAGAUCUACUGUACAGUAUCUAGGGUUAGAUCUACUGUACAGUAUCUAGGGUUAGGGUUAGAUCUACUGUACAGUAUCUAGGGUUAGAUCUACUGUACAGUAUCUAGGGUUAGAUCUACUGUACAGUAUCUAGGGUUAGAUCUACUGUACAGUAUCUAGGGUUAGGGUUAGAUCUACUGUACAGUAUCUAGGGUUAGAUCUACUGUACAGUAUCUAGGGUUAGAUCUACUGUACAGUAUCUAGGGUUAGGGUUAGAUCUACUGUAUGGUAUCUAGGGUUAGGGUUAGAUCUACUGUACAGUAUCUAGGGUUAGAUCUACUGUACAGUAUCUAGGGUUAGAUCUACUGUAAAGUAUCUAGGGUUAGGGUGAGAUCUACUGUACAGUAUCUAGGGUUAGGGUGAGAUCUACUGUACAGUAUCUAGGGUUAGAUCUACUGUACAGUAUCUAGGGUUAGGGUUAGAUCUACUGUACAGUAUCUAGGGUUAGAUCUACUGUACAGUAUCUAGGGUUAGAUCUACUGUACAGUAUCUAGGGUUAGGGUUAGAUCUACUGUACAGUAUCUAGGGUUAGAUCUACUGUACAGUAUCUAGGGUUAGAUCUACUGUACAGUAUCUAGGGUUAGAUCUACUGUACAGUAUCUAGGGUUAGGGUUAGAUCUACUGUACAGUAUCUAGGGUUAGAUCUACUGUACAGUAUCUAGGGUUAGAUCUACUGUACAGUAUCUAGGGUUAGAUCUACUGUACAGUAUCUAGGGUUAGGGUUAGAUCUACUGUACAGUAUCUAGGGUUAGAUCUACUGUACAGUAUCUAGGGUUAGAUCUACUGUACAGUAUCUAGGGUUAGGGUUAGAUCUACUGUAUGGUAUCUAGGGUUAGGGUUAGAUCUACUGUACAGUAUCUAGGGUUAGAUCUACUGUACAGUAUCUAGGGUUAGAUCUACUGUAAAGUAUCUAGGGUUAGGGUGAGAUCUACUGUACAGUAUCUAGGGUUAGGGUGAGAUCUACUUUACAGUAUCUAGGGUUAGAUCUACUGUACAGUAUCUAGGGUUAGGGUUAGAUCUACUGUACAGUAUCUAGGGUUAGAUCUACUGUACAGUAUCUAGGGUUAGAUCUACUGUACAGUAUCUAGGGUUAGGGUUAGAUCUACUGUACAGUAUCUAGGGUUAGAUCUACUGUACAGUAUCUAGGGUUAGAUCUACUGUACAGUAUCUAGGGUUAGAUCUACUGUACAGUAUCUAGGGUUAGGGUUAGAUCUACUGUACAGUAUCUAGGGUUAGAUCUACUGUACAGUAUCUAGGGUUAGAUCUACUGUACAGUAUCUAGGGUUAGAUCUACUGUACAGUAUCUAGGGUUAGGGUGAGAUCUACUGUACAGUAUCUAGGGUUAGGGUUAGAACUACUGUACAGUAUCUAGGGUUAGGGUUAGAUCUACUGUACAGUAUCUAGGGUUAGAUCUACUGUACAGUAUCUAGGGUUAGGGUUAGAUCUACUGUACAGUAUCUAGGGUUAGAUCUACUGUACAGUAUUUAGGGUUAGAUCUACUGUACAGUAUCUAGGGUUAGGGUUAGAUCUACUGUACAGUAUCUAGGGUUAGAUCUACUGUACAGUAUCUAGGGUGAGAUCUACUGUACAGUAUCUAGGGUUAGAUCUACUGUACAUUAUCUAGGGUUAGGGUUAGAUCUACUGUACAGUAUCUAGGGUUAGAUCUACUGUACAGUAUCUAGGGUUAGGGUGAGAUCUACUGUACGGUAUCUAGGGUUAGAUCUACUGUACAGUAUCUAGGGUUAGAUCUACUGUACAGUAUCUAGGGUUAGAUCUACUGUACAGUAUCUAGGGUUAGGGUGAGAUCUACUGUACAGUAUCUAGGGUUAGGGUGAGAUCUACUGUACAGUAUCUAGGGUUAGGGUUAGAUCUACUGUACAGUAUCUAGGGUUAGAUCUACUGUACAGUAUCUAGGGUUAGGGUGAGAUCUACUGUACAUUAUCUAGGGUUAGAUCUACUGUACAGUAUCUAGGGUUAGAUCUACUGUACAGUAUCUAGGGUUAGGGUUAGAUCUACUGUACAUUAUCUAGGGUUAGGGUGAGAUCUACUGUACAGUAUCUAGGGUUAGGGUGAGAUCUACUGUAUGGUAUCUAGGGUUAGGGUUAGAUCUACUGUACGGUAUCUAGGGUUAGAUCUACUGUACAGUAUCUAGGGUUAGGGUUAGAUCUACUGUACAGUAUCUAGGGUUAGGGUGAGAUCUACUGUACAGUAUCUAGGGUUAGAUCUACUGUACAGUAUCUAGGGUUAGAUCUACUGUACAGUAUCUAGGGUUAGGGUUAGAUCUACUGUACAGUAUCUAGGGUUAGGGUGAGAUCUACUGUACAGUAUCUAGGAUUAGAUCUACUGUACAGUAUCUAGGGUUAGAUCUACUGUACAGUAUCUAGGGUUAGAUCUACUGUACAGUAUCUAGGGUUAGAUCUACUGUACAGUAUCUAGGGUUAGAUCUACUGUACAGUAUCUAGGGUUAGAUCUACUGUACAGUAUCUAGGGUUAGGGUUAGAUCUACUGUACAGUAUCUAUUGUUAGGGUUAGAUCUACUGUACGGUAUCUAGGGUUAGGGUUAGAUCUACUGUACAGUAUCUAGGGUUAGAUCUACUGUACAGUAUCUAGGGUUAGAUCUACUGUACAGUAUCUAGGGUGAGAUCUACUGGACAGUAUCUAGGGUUAGGGUUAGAUCUACUGGACAGUAUCUAGGGUUAGGGUUAGAUCUACUGGACAGUAUCUAGGGUUAGGGUUAGAUCUACUGGACAGUAUCUAGGGUUAGAUCUACUGUACAGUAUCUAGGGUUAGAUCUACUGUACAGUAUCUAGGGUUAGGGUUAGAUCUACUGUAAAGUAUCUAGGGUUAGGGUGAGAUCUACUGUACAGUAUCUAGGGUUUGGGUUAGAUCUACUGUACAGUAUCUAGGGUUAGAUCUACUGUACAGUAUCUAGGGUUAGAUCUACUGUACAGUAUAUAGGGUUAGGGUUAGAUCUACUGUACAGUAUCUAGGGUUAGAUCUACUGUACAGUAUCUAGGGUUAGAUCUACUGUACAGUAUCUAGGGUGAGAUCUACUGUACAGUAUAUAGGGUUAGGGUUAGAUCUACUGUACAGUAUCUAGGGUUAGAUCUACUGUACAGUAUCUAGGGUUUGGGUUAGAUCUACUGUACAGUAUCUAGGGUUAGAUCUACUGUACAGUAUCUAGGGUGAGAUCUACUGUACAGUAUCUAGGGUUAGAUCUACUGUACAGUAUCUAGGGUUAGGGUUAGAACUACUGUACAGUAUCUAGGGUUAGAUCUACUGUACAGUAUCUAGGGUUAGGGUGAGAUCUACUGUACAGUAUCUAGGGUUAGAUCUACUGUACGGUAUCUAGGAUUAGAUCUACUGUACAGUAUCUACGGUUAGGGUUAGAUCUACUGUACAGUAUCUAGGGUUAGAUCUAUUGUACAGUAUCUACGGUUAGGGUUAGAUCUACUGUACAGUAUCUAGGGUGAGAUCUACUGUACAGUAUCUAGGGUUAGGGUGAGAUCUACUGUACAGUAUCUAGGGUUAGAUCUACUGUACGGUAUCUAGGGUUAGAUCUACUGUACAGUAUCUACGGUUAGGGUUAGAUCUACUGUACAGUAUCUAGGGUUAGAUCUACUGUACAGUAUCUAGGGUUAGAUCUACUGUACAGUAUCUAGGGUUAGGGUUAGAUCUACUGUACAGUAUCUAGGGUUAGAUCUACUGUACAGUAUCUAGGGUUAGGGUUAGAUCUACUGUACAGUAUCUACGGUUAGGGUUAGAUCUACUGUACAGUAUCUACGGUUAGGGUUAGAUCUACUGUACAGUAUCUACGGUUAGCGUGAGAUCUACUGUACAGUAUCUAGGGUUAGCGUGAGAUCUACUGUACAGUAUCUAGGGUUAGCGUGAGAUCUACUGUACAGUAUCUAGGGUUAGCGUGAGAUCUACUGUACAGUAUCUAGGGUUAGCGUGAGAUCUACUGUACGGUAUCUGAGCUCUGUGCUAAUGUUUACUGGAACAUAUUAUGCAGUGUCUGUCUGUACCCAGGUGUUCCAGCAUGCAGCUGUCUGUCUGUACCCAGGUGUUCCAGCAUGCAGCUGUCUGUCUGUACCCAGGUGUUCCAGCAUUCAGCUGUCUGUCUGCUUUAUGUAACAGAAGAGAAGAGGCCCUGGGCAGCAUGCAGGUUAACACUGACCUCCAUACCACUGCUCACCCUGCUCUGUGGAUUAGAGAGGGGGAAAAUAUAUCGCUAUUUCUCCUCUGGAAGGAUGUAGCAUUAUUAUUAUUAUUAUUAUUCAGUCUACAAAGUAAGGUGUCAAGCUAGGAAAACAGGAAUAUAUCUGAUAAACAAAAUAUUAUUUAAUUACUACAAUGUUUGAGAAUAUAUUUUCUAUGUAAUAGGUUUACUUACUGCUAUAGAUGUAUUGAAAAGAAAAAUGACUGAGAAGUAUGCUGUGACAGAAGCAGUGGCUUUAGUCUCAGUCCCCUCCUCAGUACACAGUACUAUCCUGAUACAGCAGUAUAGAACUCUGUCCUCUCCUCAGUACACAGUACUAUCCUGAUACAGCAGUAUAGAACUCUGUCCCCUCCUCAGUACACAGUACUAUCCUGAUACAGCAGUAUAGAACUCUGUCCUCUCCUCAGUACACAGUACUAUCCUGAUACAGCAGUAUAGAACUCUGUCCUCUCCUCAGUACACAGUACUAUCCUGAUACAGCAGUAUAGAACUCUGUCCUCUCCUCAGUACACAGUACUAUCCUGAGUAUAGAACUCUGUCCCCUCCUCAGUACACAGUACUAUCCUGAUACAGCAGUAUAUAACUCUGUCCUCUCCUCAGUACACAGUACUAUCCUGAUACAGCAGUAUAUAACUCUGUCCCCUCCUCAAUACACAGUACUAUCCUGAUACAGCAGUAUAUAACUCUGUCCCCUCCUCAAUACACAGUACUAUCCUGAUACAGCAGUAUAGAACUCUGUCCCCUCCUCAAUACACAGUACUAUCCUGAUACAGCAGUAUAGAACUCUGUCCCCUCCUCAAUACACAGUACUAUCCUGAUACAGCAGUAUAGAACUCUGUCCCCUCCUCAGUACACAGUACUAUCCUGAUACAGCAGUAUAGAACUCUGUCCCCUCCUCAGUACACAGUACUAUCCUGAUACAGCAGUAUAGAACUCUGUCCUCUCCUCAGUACACAGUACUAUCCUGAUACAGCAGUAUAGAACUCUGUCCCCUCCUCAGUACACAGUACUAUCCUGAUACAGCAGUAUAGAACUCUGUCCUCUCCUCAGUACACAGUACUAUCCUGAUACAGCAGUAUAGAACUCUGUCCCCUCCUCAGUACACAGUACUAUCCUGAUACAGCAGUAUAUAACUCUGUCCCCUCCUCAGUACACAGUACUAUCCUGAUACAGCAGUAUAGAACUCUGUCCCCUCCUCAGGACACAGUACUAUCCUGAUACAGCAGUAUAGAACUCUGUCCCCUCCUCAGUACACAGUACUAUCCUGAUACAGCAGUAUAGAACUCUGUCCCCUCCUCAGUACGCAGUACUAUCCUGAUACAGCAGUAUAGAACUCUGUCCUCUCCUCAGUACACAGUACUAUCCUGAUACAGCAGUAUAGAACUCUGUCCCCUCCUCAGUACACAGUACUAUCCUGAUACAGCAGUUAACUCUGUCCUCUCCUCAGUACACAGUACUAUCCUGAUACAGCAGUUAACUCUGUCCCCUCCUCAGUACACAGUACUAUCCUGAUACAGCAGUAUAGAACUCUGUCCUCUCCUCAGUACACAGUACUAUCCUGAUACAGCAGUAUAGAACUCUGUCCUCUCCUCAGUACACAGUACUAUCCUGAUACAGCAGUAUAGAACUCUGUCCUCUCCUCAGUACACAGUACUAUCCUGAUACAGCAGUAUAGAACUCUGUCCUCUCCUCAGUACACAGUACUAUCCUGAUACAGCAGUAUAGAACUCUGUCCCCUCCUCAGUACACAGUACUAUCCUGAUACAGCAGUAUAGAACUCUGUCCCCUCCUCAGUACACAGUACUAUCCUGAUACAGCAGUAUAGGAACAGUAGGCUAUAUUGACUUCCUGUUUCUAAAAUGAUCUGCGCUCCUCUUGCUCUGUAGAACAAUCUGCUUCUUUAGAGCUGCUUACCUACCAGAUUAUCACAUUCCAACACCUAUCAGUUACUGCAGACCAUUUUAGAUACAUUAAGUCAGUGUAGCCUUUUGUUUCUAGCUCUUCUACUGCUAGUGUCAGGCAGCCUGGAUACCAUGGUAACAGCAGGGGACUUUGACCACACUCCUCUUGCUCUGUUGAGAAAUCUGAUUAUUUUGUGCUGCUUACUUUACAUAUUAUCAGAUUCCAACACCUAUCAGUUACUAUAUAAAAGAGAUCCCACCAAUCCCCUGUUGUCUCUCUGUGACAGUAGGAAAGUGUCUAUCUGCUGGCUAGCAGAGCAGUGAGACGGACACAAGCUGGAAAUGGAAUGUUCAGGUUGUGAGUGUUGAGGUGUGGCUGUGUUUGAUGCUCAGUGGUGUCAGAAAUAGACUCUACCUCACAUCCCCGUGACAUUGGAAAAGCCCUGUGUACAGAUGAAACAGUAGUCAAACAAAUAGCAUAUCAGUAUUGGAGAUACUUAAGAGUUAUUGACAUUGCUGAAAGAUUUAGCGUUAAAACGGUUCAACAGUGUUUGUCUCUCUGACCUGUCCUGUCUUGCUCUCUGACCUGUCCUGUCUUGCUCUCUGACCUGUCCUGUCUUGCACUCUGACCUGUCCUGUCUUGCUCUCUGACCUGUCCUGUCUUGCUCUCUGACCUGUCCUGUCUUGCUCUCUGACCUGUCCUGUCUUGCACUCUGACCUGUCCUGUCUUGCUCUCUGACCUGUCCUGUCUUGCUCUCUGACCUGUCCUGUCAUGCUCUCUGACCUGUCCUGUCUUGCUCUCUGACCUGUCCUGUCUUGCACUCUGACCUGUCCUGUCUUGCUCUCUGACCUGUCCUGUCUUGCUCGCUGACCUGUCCUGUCUUGCUCUCUGACCUGUCCUGUCUUGCAACAUUGCCCUAUAGGUGUUAGAUGUUUCUCUGAUAGUGUUGCUGUUUCUCUGUCCUGCAGGGAUCAGGAUCUGGCUGAGGCCCUGGACUCUGGAGGCUCUGACCUGGAGCUAGAGAUGGAUGUACAGAGGGAGCUGGGGUUGGGAGGAGGGCUGGGGCUGGAUGGGGAAGAGGACGGGGGGGUUAUUCGAGUCCAGGAGCUACCAGCCCAGCAGAGAGCCAAGCUGUGGAAGGUGAGAGAGGUCAGGGGUCGUGGGUUCGGCCUGCCUUAACAGAGGGGGAGGGAUUAGACUAGCGAAGGAGUGGGAGGGGGUCAGAGGGUGAGGAAGGGGUGGAGGGGGUCAGAGGGUGAGGAGGGGGUGGGGGGGGGGGUCAGAGGGUGAGGAAGGGGUGGGGGGGGGUCAGAGGGUGAGGAGGGGGUGGGGGGGGGUCAGAGGGUGAGGAUGGAGAGGGGGUGGGGGUGGUCAGAGGGUGAGGAUGGAGAGGUGGGUGGGGGGGGGGUCAGAGUGGUGAAGUAGGAGAGGGGGUGGGGGGUUGAGGGACUGGGGUGGGGGUGGUCAGAGGUGAGGAUGGAGAGGGGGUGGGGGGUCAGAGUGUGCUUGAUGGAGAGGGGUGGGGGGUUGCAAGGGUAGGUGCGCGGGGUUGGGGUGGUCAGAGGGUGGAUGGAUAGGGGUGGGGGGGUCAGAGGGUGAGGGCCCUGGGAGGGGUGGGGGGGCCCCGAGAGUGAUGGGAGGGGGUGGGGGUCAGAGGGUGAGGUUGGAGAGGGGGUGGGGGGAUCAGAGGGUGAGGGACUUGGGGGGGUGGGGGGUCAAGGGUGAGGACAGGGGGGUGGGGCUAGGGGGGGUGGGGGGGGUCAGAUAGGAUGGAGAGGGGGUGGGGGGUCGAGGGUGAUUUGGAGAGGGGGUGGGGGAUCAGAGGGUGAGGGACUAGGGAGGGGGUGGGGGGGUCAGAGGGUGAUGGGUCGUGAGGGUUGGGGGAUAGGGAGUGUUGGGGGUCAGGUGUUAGAGCUAGCGGGGGGGUUGAGGACUGGUGUGGGUGGUCAGAGGGUGAGGAUGGAAAGGUGUUGGGGUCAGAGGGUUAGAUGAGAUGGGGUGGGGGGACAGUCAAGGUGUUGGACCGUAUGUCUGGGUUGUUCGGGGAUCAGAGGUUAGAUGGAGAUUGGGUCUGGGGCGGUUAGAGGUGAACCUGCGGAAAACUUCUGACUGUCCCGUUCUGUCAGCUACUAAUGAUGAUCUUGGUCCCGUCUGUCAGCUAAACUGAUGACUGGUCCCGUCUGUCAGUCUAACUGAUGAUCUGGUCCCAUCUGUCAGUCCUACAAACUGAUGAUUGGUCCCGUCUGUCAGCUACUAAUGAUGUCUGAUUCCCGUCUGUCAGCUACUAACUGAUGAUCUGGUCCCGUCUGUCACUACUAACUGAUGAUUCUGAUCCGUCUUCCUCUACUACUAAUGUUCUGGUCCUCUGUCUAGCUACUAACUGUAUCUUGUCCGUCUGUCAGCUACUAACUGAUGUCCUGUUCCCAUCUGUCAGCUACUAACUGAUGAUCUGGUCCCGUCUGUCAGCUCUAACUGAUGAUCUGGUCCCGUCUGUCAUCUACUAUGCUGGUCCCGUCUGUCAGCUACUAACUGAUGAUCUGGUCCCGUCUGUCAGCUACUAACUGAUGAUCUGGUCCCGUCUGUCAGCUACUAACUGAUGAUCUGGUCCCGUCUGUCAGCUACUAACUGAUGAUCUGGUCCCGUCUGUCAGCUACUAACUGAUGAUCUGGUCCCGUCUGUCACGCUACUAACUGAUGAUCUGGUCCCGUCUGUCAGCUACUAAUGAUGACUAUGGUCCUGUCUGUCAGCUACUAACUGAUGAUCUGUCCCUCUGUCAGCUACUAACUGAUGAUCUGGUUCCCGUCUGUCAGCUCUAACUGAUGAUCUGUCCGUUCUGUCAGCUACUAAAUGAUGAUCUGGUCCGGUCUGUCAGCUACUAACUGAUGAUCUGGUCCCGUCUGUCAGCUACUAACUGAUGAUCUGGUCCCGUCUGUCAGCUACAAAUGAUGAUCUGAUCCGUCGUCAGCUAUCUAACUGAUGAUCUGGUCCGCGUCUGUCAGCUGACUAACGGAUGUAUGGUCCCGUCUGUCAGCAUAACUGAUGAUCUGGGGUUGUCAGCUACUAACUGAUGACUGGUCCGUCGGUCAGCUACUAACUGGAUGAUCUGGUCCCGUCUGUCAGCUACUAACUGAUGAUCUGGGGUGUCUGUCAGCUACUAACUGAUGAUCUGGUCCGUCUGUCAGCUACUACUGAUGAUCUGGUCCCGUCGGUCAGCUUAACUGAUGAUCUGGGGUCCCGUCUGUCAGCUACAACUGAUGAUCGGUCCGUCUGGUCAGCUAUAACGGAUGUUGGUCGGUGGCUGUCAGCUAUAACUGAUGAUCUGGUCCCGGUUGUCAGCUACUAAUGAUGAUCUGGGUCCGUCUGUCAGCUACUAAUGAUGAUCUGGUCCCGUCGGUCAGUCUAACUGAUGAUCUGGUCCCGGUCUGUCAGCUAUACGUGAUGAUCUCGAGUCCCGUCUGUCAGCUAUAACUGAUGAUCUGGUCCAGUUGUCAGCUACUAAACUGAUGAUCUGGUCCCGUCUGUCAGCUACUAACUGAUGAUCUGGUCCCGUCUGUCAGCUACGAAAAUGAGGAUCUGCGUCCCGUCUGUCAGCUACUAACUGAUGAUCUGGUCCCGUCUGUCAGCUACUAAACUGAUGAUCUGGUCCCGUCUGUCAGCUACUAACUGAUGAUCUGGUCCCGUCUGUCAGCUACUAAAUGAUGAUCUGGAUCCCGUUCUGUCAGCUACUACACUGAUGAUCUGGUCCCGUCUGUCAGCUACUAACUGAUGAUCUGGUCGUCUGUCAGCUACUAAACUGAUGAUCUGGUCCCGUCUGUCAGCUACUAACUGAUGAUCUGGUCCCGUCUGUCAGCUACUAACUGAUGAUCUGGUCCCGUCUGUCAGCUACUAACUGAUGAUCUGGUCCCGUCUGUCAGUACUAACUGAUGAUCUGAUCCCGUCUGUCAGCUACUAACUGAUGAUCUGGUCCCGUCUGUCAGUAUAACUGAUGAUAUGAUCCCGUCUGUCAGCUACUAACUGAUGAUCUGGUCCCGUCUGUCAGCUACUAACUGAUGAUCUGGUCCCGGUCUUGUGCCGUAUUUAACUGAUGAUUGGUCGUCGGGUAGUAUAACUGAUGAUCUGGUCCCGUCUGUCAGCUACUAAUGAUGUCAUCUGUCCUCUCUUUCAGCUACUACUGAUGACGUCCCGUCUGUCAGUCUCGAACUAGAUCGGGUCCUCGUCAGCUACUAACUGAUGAUUCGGUCCCGUCUGUCAGCUACUAACUGAUGAUUGGUCCCUGUCUGUACUACUAACUGGUGAUUGGGUCCCGUCUGUCAGCUACUAACUGAUGAUCUGGUCCCGUCUGUCAGUACUACUGAAUCUGGGUCGUGUCUGUCAGUACUAAUGAUGAUUGGCUCCCGUCUGUCAGCUACUACUGAUGAUGACUGGUUCCCGUCUGUCGCUACUAACUGAUAGAUCUGGUCCGUCUGUCAGCUACUAACUGAUGAUCUGGUCCCGUCUGUCAGCUACUAACUGAUGAUUGGUCCGUCUGUCAGCUCUAUGAUUGUCCUGGUCCCGUCUGUCAGCUACUAACUGAUGAUCUGGUCCCGUUUCUGUCAGCUCCUAACUGAUGAUCUGGAUCCCGUCUGGUCAGCUCCUAACUGAUGAUCUGGUCCAUCUGUAGUCUAUACAUGUGAUAUGGUCCCGUCAUGUCAGAUAAACUGAUGAUCUGGUCCAGUCUGUCAGCUACAUAACUGAUGAUCUGAUCCCGGUUCUGUCAGCUACUAACUGAUGAUUCUGGUCCCGUUCGGUCAGCUACUAAACCUGGAUGAUUGGUCCCGUCUGUCAGCUACAUAACUGAAUGAUCUGGUGUCCCGUCUGUCGGCGUACUAACUGAUAGAUCUGGUCCCGGUCUGUCAGCUACUAACUGAUGAUCUGGUCCCGUCUGUUCAGCUACUAACUGAUGAGCUGAUCCCGUCUGUCAGUACUAACUGUAAUGAUCGGGUCCCUCUGUCAGCUACUAACUGAUUGAUCUGAUCCCGUCUGUAGUACUGGGGUUACUAAACUGAUGAUCUUGGUACCCGUUCGUCAGACUAACUAACUGAUUUCUGAUUCCAGUCUGGUCAGCUACUAAAAGAUGAUUGAUCCCGUCUGUCAGCAUACUAACUGAUGAUCUGGUCCCGUCUGUCAGCUACUAACUGAUGAUCUGGUCCCGUCUGUCAGCUACUAACUAGUUGAUGUGUUUUGUCAGAUUGCUCUGAACGUGGCCGGUAAAGGAGACAGUCUGUCCUCGUGGGAUGGAGUCCUGGAUCUUCCAGAACAGACCGUCAUACACACCCGCUGCCAGCAGCUCAUUGGUGAGUGACUGUUACAUACAGUAUCUACAUUAUAUAUACACUACCGGUCAAAAGUUUUAGAACACCUACUCAUUCAUAUAUAUAUAGAUAGAUAGAUAGAGAUAUACUGAACAAUAAUAGGAAUGCAACAAUUUCAAAGAUUGUACUGAGUUACAGUUCUUUUAAGGAACUAAGUCAAUUGAAAUAAAUUCAUUAGACCUUUUAAUCUAUGGAUUUCACCUGACUGGGAAUCUGUUGGUCACAGAUACCUUAAACCCCCCCCCCAAAAAAGGUAGGGGCGUGGAUCAGAAAACCAGUCAGUAUCUGGUGUGACCAUUUGCCUCAUGCAGCGCGACACAUCUCCUUCACAUAGAGUUGAUCAGGCUGUUGAUUGUGGCCUGUGGAAUGUUGUCCCACUCCUCUUCAAUGACUGUGCGAAGUUGCUGGAUAUUGGCGGGAACUGGAACACGCUGUCGUACACGUUGAUCCAGAGCAUCCCAAACAUGCUCAAUUGGUGACAUGUCUGGUGAGCAAGCAGGCCAUGGAAGAACUGGGACAUUUUCAGCUUCCAGGAAUUGUGUACAGAUCCUUGUGACAUGGGGCCGUGCAUUAUCAUGCUGGAACAUGAGGUGAUGGUGGUGGAUGAAUGGCACAACAAUGGGCCUCAGGAUCUCGUCACGGGUAUCUCUGUGCAUUCAAAUUGCCACCGAUAAAAUACAGUUGUGUUUGUUGUCCGUAGCUUAUGGUAGAAGGAGAAAUGCUCACCAACAGGGAUAUAAACACAUUUGUGCACAAAAUUAGAAAUAAAUAAGCUUUUUGUGCGUAUGGAAAAUGUCUGUGAUCUUUUAUUUCAGCUCAUGAAUCCUGGGACCAACACUUUACAUGUUGUUUAUAUUGUUGUUCAGUAUACAUUAUAUUACACCUGCCCUGCUCAAGACACUUCAUAGGAUGGAUUAUUCUCAGUCAUAAUUCUGUCUUCCGUAGCUCAGUCGUAAUUCUGUCUUCCGUAGCUCAGUCGUAAUUCUGUCUUCCGUAGCUCAGUCAUAAUUCUGUCUUCCGUAGCUCAGUCAAAAUUCUGUCAGCAGCACAAUAUUGAGAACAGACAAUAGAAACACAAGUACAAACACCUGCACACGCUGCGUUCUCAUACAGUUUGGAUCUUAUGCAGAAACUGUCAGCUAUCAUCAGCUUUGCACAGUCCUUUCUCUGCCUGAUAGUAGGAUGGGUUAGCCAGCAGAACUGACAUGGAUACUGCUCCAGGACUCAGCCCAGAAUAGGCAGCCCUUCAUGGGGCACAGAGCCAGGAAAGCCCCAGGCCUUACCUCCAGGAGUAGGCCAGCAUAUGGUGACACAGUGAAGAGAGACAAACUGAGGGAGAGAAUGUUAUAGUUGGUUGAAGAAUCAAUCCUGAGACCUUUCUUCUACAAGACACAUUUGCUUGAAAGGUUAUUUGCUGGCUAGUCAUAUUUAGCCCUGGGGCCAUAUGAAUAGAGUCUCAUUUAGCCCUGGGGCCAUAUGAAUAGAGUCUCAGAGUAGGAGCGGCUAGUCAUAUUUAGCCCUGGGGCCAUAUGAAUAGAGUCUCAUUUAGCCCUGGGGCCAUAUGAAUAGAGUCUCAUUUAGCCCUGGGGCCAUAUGAAUAGAGUCUCAUUUAGCCCUGGGGCCAUAUGAAUAGAGUCUCAUUUAGCCCUGGGGCCAUAUGAAUAGAGUCUCAUUUAGCCCUGGGGCCAUAUGAAUAGAGUCUCAUUUAGCCCUGGGGCCAUAUGAAUAGAGUCUCAUUUAGCCCUGGGGCCAUAUGAAUAGAGUCUCAGAGUAGGAGCGGCUAGUCUCAUUUAGCCCUGGGGCCAUAUGAAUAGAGUCUCAGAGUAGGAGCGCUGAUCUAGUAUCAGGUCCCUCCGGUCCAUCUGAUUCGUUAUGAUGGAAAAUCCUAGAUCAGCCCUCCUACUCUGAGAGGCUGGAUACAUAUGGCCCCAGGAGGAUUUCAGCCCUCCUACUCUGAGAGGCUGGAUACAUAUGGCCCCAGGAGGAUUUCAGCCCUCCUACUCUGAGAGGCUGGAUACAUAUGGCCCCAGGAGGAUUUCAGCCCUCCUACUCUGAGAGGCUGGAUACAUAUGGCCCCAGGAGGAUUUCAGCCCUCCUACUCUGAGAGGCUGAAUACAUAUGGCCCCAGGAGGAUUUCAGCCCUCCUACUCUGAGAGGCUGGAUACAUAUGGCCCCAGGAGGAUUUCUCUCAACUCUGUUUCCUGAGAGUGAUGGACAUAGUAAUGACCUCUGACCUCUGACCCUGUGUCUCUGCUUCCUGUCUCCAGACCAGCUGGGGGGCGUGGCGGAGGAGGAGGGGCGUGACAUGGUGUCUGACGUAGAGUCUGUCAUCACGUUCUACUGUAAGUCCCGAAACAUCAACUUCACCCCUGACCUCUCCUGGCCACACCUCCUCAAACCUCUGCUGGGCCUGCAGCUGCCCCGCUCCGACCUCUACAACUGCUUCUAUGCCAUCAUGAAUAAAUAUAUACCACGGUGAGACACACACACACCUCUACACUAAAUAUAUACCACGGUGAGACAAACACACACCUCUACACUAAAUAUAUACCACGGUGAGACACACACACACCUCUACACUAAAUAUAUACCACGGUGAGACACACACACACCUCUACACUAAAUAUAUACCACGGUGAGACACACACACACCUCUACACUAAAUAUAUACCACGGUGAGACCACAGGAGGUUGGUGGAGGACGGGCCUGUAGUGGAAUGGUAUCAAAUAUAUCAAACACAUGGUUUCCAAUCUAGCAAUUAUUAUGAGCCGUCAUCCCCUCAUCAGGGUUUCCCCCAGACGUUUCACAUUUCUGUUUUAACCCUAAACUAGCACGCCUUAUUCAAUUACUCAACUAAUCAUCAAGCCUUUGACUAAUUGAAAUUGAAGGUGUGCCAGUUUAGGGUUAAAACAAACAUGUGAAACGUCUUGGUGGGCCGAGGAGAGGGUUGGGAAACCCUGACCUAGAUGACUGUUGAAGCCAACAGCUCUGUCUUGGUGGGCCGAGGAGAGGGUUGGGAAACCCUGACCUAGAUGACUGUUGAAGCCAACAGCUCUGUCUUGGUGGGCCGAGGAGAGGGUUGGGAAACCCUGAUCUAGAUGACUGUUGAAGCCAACAGCUCUGUCUUGGUGGGCCGAGGAGAGGGUUGGGAAACCCUGACCUAGAUGACUGUUGAAGCCAACAGCUCUGUCUUGGUGGGCCGAGGAGAGGGUUGGGAAAACCCUGACCUAGAUGACUGUUGAAGCCAACAGCUCUGUCUUGGUGGGCCGAGGAGAGGGUUGGGAAACCCUGACCUAGAUGACUGUUGAAGCCAACACUCUGUCUUGGUGGGGCCGAGGGAGAGGUUGGGAAACCCUGAUCUAGAUGACUGUUUGAAGGAAGCCAACAGCUCUGUCUUGGUGGGGGUGCCGAGGAGAUGGGUUGGGAAACCCUGAUCUAGAUGACUGUUGAAGCCAACAAGCUCUGUCUUGGUGGGCCAGGAGAGGGGUUGGGAAACCCUGAUCUAGAUGACUGUUGAAGCCAACGGCUCUGUCGCUGGUGGGGGCCGAGGAGAGGGUUGGGAAACCCUGACCUAGAUGACUGUUGAAAGCCAACAGCUCUGUCUUGUGGGCCGAGGAGAGGGGUUGGGAAACCCUGACCGUAGAUGACUGUUGAAUGGAAGCCCAACAGCUCUGGUCCUUGGUGGGCCGAGGAGAUGGGUGGGAAACCCUGAUCGAGAUGACUGUUGAAUGCCAACAGCUUCUGUCUUGGUGGGCCGAGGAGAGGGUUUGGGGAAACCCUGACCUAUAUGACUGGUUUGUGGGGAAACCAUGACUAGAUGACUGUAACAACAGCUCUGUCUUGGUGGGCCGAGGAGAGGGUUGGGAAACCCUGACCUAGAUGACUGUUGAAGCCAACAGCUCUGUCUUGGUGGACGAUGAGAGGGUUGGGAAACCCUGACCUAGAUGACUGUUGAAGCCAACACCUCUGUCUUGGUGGACCGAGGAGAGGGUUGGGGAAACCCUGACCUAGAUGACUGUUGAAGCCAACAGCUCUGUCUUGGUGGGACCGAGGAGGGGUUGGGAAACCUGACCUAGAUGACUGUUGAAGCCAACAGCUCUGUCUUGGUGGGCCGAGGAGAGGGUUGGGAAACCCUGACCUAGAUGACUGUGAAGCUUAACAGCUCUGUCUUGGUGGGCCGAGGAGAGGGUUGGGAAACCCUGAUCUAGAUGACUGUUGAAGCCAACAGCUCUGUCUUGGUGGGCCGAGGAGAGGGUUGGGAAACCCUGACCUAGAUGACUGGUUGAAGCCAACAGCUCUGUCUUGGUGGGCCGAGGAGAGGGUUGGGAAACCCUGAUCUAGAUGACUGUUGAAGCCAACAGCUCUGUCUUGGUGGGCCGAGGAGAGGGUUGGGAAACCCUGACCUAGAUGACUGUUGAAGCCAACAGCUCUGUCUUGGUGGGCCGAGGAGAGGGUUGGGAAACCCUGAUCUAGAUGACUGUGUUGAAGCCAACAGCUCUGUCUUGGUGGGCCGAGGAGAGGGUUGGGAAACCCUGACCUAGAUGACUGUUGAAGCCAACAGCUCUGUCUUGGUGGGCCGAGGAGAGGGUUGGGAAACCCUGAUCUAGAUGACUGUUGAAGCCAACAGCUCUGUCUUGGUGGGCCGAGGAGAGGGUUGGGAAACCCUGACCUAGAUGACUGUUGAAGCCAACAGCUCUGUCUUGGUGGGCCGAGGAGAGGGUUGGGAAACCCUGACCUAGAUGACUGUUGAAGCCAACAGCUCUGUCUUGGUGGGCCGAGGAGAGGGUUGGGAAACCCUGACCUAGAUGACUGUUGAAGCCAACAGCUCUGUCUUGGUGGGCCGAGGAGAGGGUUGGGAAACCCUGAUCUAGAUGACUGUUGAAGCCAACAGCUCUGUCUUGGUGGGCCGAGGAGAGGGUUGGGAAACCCUGAUCUAGAUGACUGUUGAAGCCAACAGCUCUGUCUUGGUGGGCCGAGGAGAGGGUUGGGAAACCCUGAUCUAGAUGACUGUUUGAAGCCAACAGCUCUGUCUUGGUGGGCCGAGGAGAGGGUUGGGAAACCCUGACCUAGAUGACUGUUGAAGCCAACAGCUCUGUCUUGGUGGGCCGAGGAGAGGGUUGGGAAACCCUGACCUAGAUGACUGUUGAAGCCAACAGCUCUGUCUUGGUGGGCCGAGGAGAGGGUUGGGAAACCCUGAUCUAGAUGACUGUUGAAGCCAACAGCUCUGUCUUGGUGGGCCGAGGAGAGGGUUGGGAACCCUGACCUAGAUGACUGUUGAAGCCAACAGCUCUGUCUUGGUGGGCCGAGGAGAGGGUUGGGAAACCCUGACCUAGAUGACUGUUGAAGCCAACAGCUCUGUCUUGGUGGGCCGAGGAGAGGGUUGGGAAACCCUGACCUAGAUGACUGUUGAAGCCAACAGCUCUGUCUUGGUGGGCCGAGGAGAGGGUUGGGAAACCCUGAUCUAGAUGACUGUUGAAGCCAACAGCUCUGUCUUGGUGGGCCGAGGAGAGGGUUGGGAAACCCUGACCUAGAUGACUGUUGAAGCCAACAGCUCUGUCUUGGUUGGGCCGAGGAGAGGGUUGGGAAACCCUGAUCUAGAUGACUGUUGAAGCCAACAGCUCUGUCUUGGUGGGCCGAGGAGAGGGUUGGGAAACCCUGACCUAGAUGACUGUUGAAGCCAACAGCUCUGUCUUGGUGGGCCGAGGAGAGGGUGGGAAACCCUGAUCUAGAUGACUGUGUUGAAGCCAACAGCUCUGUCUUGGUGGGCCGAGGAGAUGGUUGGGAAACCCUGACCUAGAUGACUGUUGAAGCCAACAGCUCUGUCUUGGUGGGCCGAGGAGAGGGUUGGGAAACCCUGACCUAGAUGACUGUUGAAGCCAACAGCUCUGUCUUGGUGGGCCGAGGAGAGGGUUGGGAAACCCUGACCUAGAUGACUGUUGAAGCCAACAGCUCUGUCUUGGUGGACCGAUGAGAGGGUUGGGAAACCCUGACCUAGAUGACUGUUGAAGCCAACAGCUCUGUCUUGGUGGACCGAGGAGAGGGUUGGGAAACCCUGACCUAGAUGACUGUUGAAGCCAACAGCUCUGUCUUGGUGGGCCGAGGAGAGGGUUGGGAAACCCUGACCUAGAUGACUGUUGAAGCCAACAGCUCUGUCUUGGUGGGCCGAGGAGAGGGUUGGGAAACCUGACCUAGAUGACUGUUGAAGCUUAACAGCUCUGUCUUGGUGGGCCGAGGAGAGGGUUGGGAAACCCUGAUCUAGAUGACUGUUGAAGCCAACAGCUCUGUCUUGGUGGGCCGAGGAGAGGGUUGGGAAACCCUGACCUAGAUGACUGUUGAAGCCAACAGCUCUGUCUUGGUGGGCCGAGGAGAGGGUUGGGAAACCCUGAUCUAGAUGACUGUUGAAGCCAACAGCUCUGUCUUGGUGGGCCGAGGAGAGGGUUGGGAAAC